GGCACUUCCACCAGGACUGGAGUGGGGUGAGCCUUUGGCCCUCUACAUGCUGCUGGACUCCCCAGCUCCCGUUUGGUUGGAACUUUGAUGGGUGGAGAUGUAGGGGUCAGCUAUAUGGUGCCCUUGAGGCAGAGCUUUGGGGCAGAAGCCCCCACUUGGUAGAAUGGGCAGGACAAUGCCACCCCAUACACAGCCAGCACACAACCCUAAAGAGGGUGAUGGGCAGAAUUAAACUGAAUUAAGUCCAAAGUCUAAAAUUGCCCAACUGCUCUGCUGGCUGAGGCCUUGCAGCCAAGAGGGCAGAGGGGCAACUCCUCCUCUCUCCCCAAACCCAAGCUGGGGUGGUCUUGGCAGGCUGCUUCCUGAUUGGUGGUGUUGCUGGUGAGUGUGUUUGUGUGACUCCUUUCUUGUGUUUCUGCCCUGAGAGCAUGUAAGGUCCCGGCUGUGUCAGUCAAUCAAAGUUUAUUGUUCUAGCCAAAGGCUAGAAACCUGCAGCCACAGUCCCAAUAAAACAAUAGAGAUCAUACAUCCAUAAUAUGAGGCAACACCAGUGAUGUAAGACAGAGGUUGCCAGAUACACCCACAAACUCAAAUCCAGUUUGAUUUCAAAUUAAACCUCCAAAUUACCACAACUUUAUAGUGUUCUAUCGAACUCCCUUUUCCUGAUAGUUAUUUGCAGCUGGUGGAUAGAGGGCCACACUGUGUGUUACAAAACUAUUCUUGUCACCCAAAGGAAACUGGACCGUUUCUGCCGGGAUGCACCUGCUUGCUUCUGUGAACAAAGGUUUCAGAAAACGAUCUUUUGGGUCUCUAUAUAAGGGGCAGACUAACAGAUGUUUAACAGUGAUGUGUUCCAACUGAGGCUGACCACAGAUACAAGGAUUAAAGAAAUUCAAGGAAGAGGAGCAUAGCUUUGCACUACCUCCACUGCUGGAGGCAGGAUGCCUCUAAAUGCCAGCUGCUGGGGAUCACAAGUGCACACAUGGUCUGCUUGUGGCCUUCCUUUUGCAGUAUCUGGUUGGUCACCAUGAGGACAAGAUUCUGGGUGGCCCCUCUUUGGACUGACCCAGCAGCCAGGCUGUUCUUGUGUUUUGACCUUAACAGCUGAGCCAGUGCUGACCCUGGGUGGUUCAAGCCCAGAGCAAAGCAAGGGCUGCUUGGAUUGCACUGUGUUCAGUGCCAGCUCCGAUUCCCACCAUGCCCACGGGUACUAACCCUCCAGUCCCAGCGCCUACCUUCCCAAAGGGGCUCCCCCUCCCUUUGGUUGGGUUGUCAAGAGGGCUUCUUGCACCUCCAGGCGGAAUGGAAGCAGGGGCCCUCGUAGGAAGUCCUCACGGGGCUUCUCUCUUGGGCACCACCCUGCAAGGCAGGGGUGCCAAGGUUGCCCUUCCAGCCCAGCCUGGACCCUGAUCUGCUCCGCUCCGGCCCCUCUUCCCCGGGGCUAUUUGCUGCGAGCUCCUGGAUUAGUGGCGACCGGCGGCUGCCGUCAGUGUGCAAACAAAUGGCGCAAUGCCCUCCGGCUCUGCCAAUGCCCUUCAGCCCCGACGGCGGCCCAGGCAGGCCACGUCCAGCACAGGAGCGCAUCCUGGGAAGCUGGCCUUCGCCUCUCGUCUCGAUGGAUGUUUUUUAUCAGCAGCCAGGCCUGGCCUUGGCGCUCCCGCCCGCCCGCCUGUCUGGCGGCUGCAGCUACUGUUACCCGAGCACAAGGCGAAGCAGUGGGGAGUAAGAUGGGUAUCCCUCCCUGCUGGGCGUCUAGGGCACCCCGCCGCCUAGCGCCCCCGCGAAGGCCACAUUUGUAACGCGGGGGGGGGGGCGGCGGGCACCAAAGGCAGUGGAGAUGCUGUCGCCCGACGGAGGGCAAGAGCGUGGCACUCACGGGAGCCAAAGGGGCAGUAAAAGAACAAUGGCUGCUGCCGCUGCGUGUCCAUUUCCCGGGUGGCCCGCUUCGGACCUCGGCGCCCCGCCCCGACGGGGAGGUUCCCAAAGCGCGGGGACUUAGGGGGCAGGGCAGGCGGGCGGCCGCUCCAUCUGCUCCGCCUGGCGCGCCUCGGCUGCUCGGCUUCUCCUCUUUGCCGCCGCCGCCGCCACUGCCGCCUGCACGUCCUCCAUUUCCUCUUCCUCCGUCCGCCGCCACGAUGGCCCACUACCUCCGCGCUGUUGCUCCGGCCGUCGCCUCGGCGGCUUUGGGCCGCUCUCCUGCCGCGCUGCUCCCGGUGCUUAGCGUCUCGCAGCGCCCGCCGCACCGGCACUGUGAGUGGCGGGGGGGGGGGGAGGAAAGAGGGGGGUGGUUAGAGCAGAGGGUCCCGGCGCUGCCCCCCUCCCAAGGCCUGGCGACGGGAGCCACCUCUCUAGCCCCGGAGAAGCAGGCCAGGCGUUCGCCCCCUCCAAGAUGCCCGGCGCCAUGGCCGUGCCCUUGUGUGGCAGGGUCCUGGAGCGCCCCGGGCCCCCCGUCCGCCGGUGACCUUGCGAUGCCCCGCCGGCUGCCUUCCUCUGCGCCUGGGCUCGCUCGGCCUCGCCUGCCAUGCUGGGCCUCCCCAGGGACUAUAUUUAGAGCCGCCUCGGGUGGAGCCGCUCCCGCUCAACUCCGCGGCGGCCAAGGCGGCUUUGCCCGCCUCGGGGCACCGGGAGACUUGGAGGAGGAGAGCAGAUUGUCUCUCCUGGGAGACCUGUAGCUGGGGGACGCGAGGCCCACAUGCCAGCCUCUCUUUUGCCCGUCUCGAAAGUGGCCCGGGUGGGGGGGUUGGCGGGCAGAAGGCUUGCCAGCUUGGCGGGAUCCUGUUGCAUGGAGCAGAAACUGGCACAGCGCACAGCUGGCCUGGAGGGGGCAUUAAGACCCUGUCUGCAUAUACGUGCUUGCCUCAUUGAGGCUGUGCCAGGCCUGGGAAUGUAGGCUGGCAGUUGCUUUGCUUCUGUGUCGCCAUGGAAGACCCCCCCCCCCCGCAGCCCUACAUGCACACCCUAAGGCUAAGCCCCUGUGGAGGCUUCUUUCCAGCUUGACCAAGACUCCUUUUCCUUCCUCUGUGUGUGGAUCUCGAACAGAGGAUUUGGCUGCCCCCUGCCCUGCCAUUCCUGCUUUGAACAGCUAGCAGCUGGCUCCAGGACCUGUUGGAGAGCCGUGCCAGCUCGCUCUCCGAGGGGCAGGGAGGAAGCCGCAGAGGGAGGGUGUGCCUGCUGCUCCCCUGCUGUCCUCUGAGGGUGACCUUGUCCCUUGACCGGCUGGCUGGAGCAGUGGAGUUGCAGGUCCAGUCUGUGGUAAAGGGGCUGCGGGCAGAUCCCCAGCGGAGGAGCCUCACACCAGGCGAAUGUGCUUGGAUUAUGGCUUGUGAAAGUCAGCAGGGCUUUGGGCUCAGCUGGGAUUAGUUAGAGAGCCACUGGGCAGCAGUUAAUUCACUUUCUCUCCUGCCAGGGUCAAUCACAGGGUAGACACAGCAGGCACCUUGGCCUGACUGCUUUAGCUCCACUCUGUGUUGUGCCUAUUCUCAGUAGAGCUGGGGAAAUACUUCAGAUUCUUAAGAAGCACCGGCGUCAGUUGCUGUUUACAUACACGAAGGGGGAAAGGCUUGCAGGAGAAGCGCAGGCAGCUUCCACAAGGGAGGCAGUUUAUCAGUCUCUAGACCCCAACAAGGAUUUGUUUUGAGAGUGGUGUGCUGGGAUAGAGACACACGCCAAGGCCCUGAGAUUUUUCUUCCAGUGGUUCUAGCAGCUGCACCCUGGCACAGCCCACAUCACACAAUUGUUUGGGUGCUGGAGGUUGUCUCUGGUGUCUCUUCAGCAUUCUGUCAUUUCUCCACAGAUGCUGACAAAAGGAUCAAAGUUGCCAACCCUGUGGUGGAGAUGGAUGGUGAUGAGAUGACCCGGAUCAUCUGGGCCGGCAUCAAGGAGAAGGUAUCUGGAAGUUUUGGAUCCGAGGGGCUGGGAAUAAAGCAGCAAGGACCACGUGUUGAUGGCCUGUACAUUGGUAGCAGUCAUGUUUCUAAAAUGCUCACAGUUUGUGGAAGGGUGAAGAAAGGGGCAAUAGAAAGUUAGAGGACUGGAAGAUGUUUCUCUUUGAAGUAGGCUAAGGUGGGACGUGGGUGGCGCUGUGGGUUAAACCACAGAGCCUAGGACUUGCCAAUCAGAAGGCUGGCGGUUCGAAUCCCCGCGAUGAGGUGAGCUCCCGUUGCUCAGUCCCAGUUCCUGCCCACCUAGCAGUUCGAAAGCACGUCAAAGUGCAAAUAGAUAAAUAGGUACCGCUCUGGCUGGAAGGUAAACGGCGUUUCCGUGCACUGCUCUGGUUUGCCAGAAGCGGCUUAGUCAUGCUGGCCACAUGACCCGGAAGCUGUACGCUGGCUCCCUCGGCCAAUAAAGCGAGAUGAGCGCCGCAACCCCAGAGUCGGCCACGACUGGACCUAAUGGUCAGGGGUCCCUUUACCUUUACCUUUAAGGUGGUCUGGGCUUCUCAGCUUCGAAAAAGUUCCCAGGGGAAGUAUGAUAAGAGAUUUAUAACAUUACGAAUGAUGUGGGGAGAGAGCCAGGUUUUCUCCUUACGAUUUUCAACAUCCUGGGAUAUAUCUUAGGUAAACCAGAUGAUGACAUUUAACACAGCCGUAUUCCACUUGCAGCAAUGAAUGAGUUAUAUAAAGUCAGGCAGCCCCUGCCAACCUGGUGCCCUUCAGCUCUUCUGGACUACAGCUCCCUUAAGUCCCAGCAAACAUGGCUGCAUGAUGAUGGGGCCGGUGGAAGCAGAGCUUUACUGGCUGAGACUGCUGGGGGUUGUAGUCCAAAAUAUCUGGAAGGCACCAGGUUUGGAGUUGGGUAGGCUGGGGCAGGUUAGUGUCCCAUUUCCCCACAGACCAAAUGGAGCUUGGAGAAGACACCACCCUUGCAACAGGAGGGAAAUUGUGUGAAUAACAUGUAAUUAUUAUUAAUUUUUAAAGUGCACUUUUUGCAUGCACAGGAACGGUAGUGCAUGGAAGCUUUCUGGGGCAUGUCUCUGAUGGGCCUUCUUGCUCAGUGGUGUGUUGAUCUCUACUGUGGGGUCUGCAUCUACAUACCUUUGUCCUCACUGCCUUCCUCCCAUCCCGGCACAGCUGAUCCUGCCCAACAUAGAUGUCCAGCUGAAGUACUUUGACUUGGGGCUGCCGAAUCGGGACCAGACGGAUGACCAGGUCACCAUAGACUCUGCCCUGGCCACCCAGAAAUACAGCGUGGCUGUCAAGUGUGCCACAAUCACGCCCGAUGAAGCCCGCGUGGAAGGUACAUGGGAAAUGCCCAUGGCAGGGUUCAAGGAAUCUGGCAUGACCUGCGCUCCAGGCCCCCUCUCCCAAGAGGAAGUCCCUCAGCCCAGAGCAUACUGCAGCUCACUUUCUUGCGGGGAAUGUUCUUCUUUUCUCUUGGGAUGGCUGGAGUGGCUGGUGCUAAGGCAGUGGAUUGGCAAGGAGCCAUUAAAGCUACCGUGUUUGAGUCAGACUCUUGGUGUAACAGGCUCCACUGACUGGCAGCAGCUCUCCAGGGUUUCAGGCAAGGGACCUGGAGAUGGAGCCUGAGAUUGAAUCAGGGAUCUUCUAUGUGCAAAGCAGAUGCACUCUGCUGAACUGCCACCAUUGGUCUCUUGCUCUGCACCUAACUACCUCUUCUUCCCCUCCACACUUCCCCUAGAAUUCAAGCUAAAGAAGAUGUGGAGGAGCCCAAACGGCACCAUCAGGAACAUCCUGGGUGGGACAGUCUUCAGAGAACCAAUCAUCUGCAAGAACAUUCCUCGCCUGAUCUCCGGCUGGACAAAGCCCAUCGUCAUUGGCAGGCAUGCCCAUGGUGAUCAGGUGGGUUGGAAGGGAGAGUGGGUGGGUGGGUAGAUGGGCAGCUGGAUUGGGAACAAGGUGGGAUGUACAACUGGGAGAGUAGAGCAUUCUCUUCUCUACAAACCCUCUGGGAUAGAGCAGGGCCAGUCAGUCUCUCUUACCCCUUGGCAAUUGUGCUUUGAUUAUCUGCCUGGCUCCAAUCUGCCUCCCCACCUCAGACAGGCAUGCACAAAGUCAAGAGUAGCAGGGGGAAUGUUGUUGGAAUCCUGCUGGCUGAGUCAGGAAGUGAUGGCAAGAGUACAGAAAGCUUUGAAAGAACCUCACUGAUAAAUCUCCUUCAUCCUCGAGUACUAGGUACAAUGGUACCUCGGGUUAAGAACUUAAUUCGUUCCAGAGGUCCGUUUUUAACCCAAAACUGUUCUUAACCUGAAGUACCACUUUAGCUAAUGGGGCCUCCCGCUGCUGCCACCGCCGCGCGAUUUCUGUUCUUAACCCGAGGUACUACUUCCGGGUUAGCGGAGUCUGUAACCUGAAGUGUUUGUAACCCAAGGUACCACUGUACUUGGUUUAAAUACCUGUUCUAAAUUCAAAUGCUGGAUCUUCUAUAGGAAUAGAAUCAGAAGAGAAAAAACUAGAAUUUUCUUAUGGUAAAUGCCCUGUUCUGCUGUGAAGUGAGGAGGACAUUUGGAAUCCUUUGGGGUUGGCUCCUCCCAUCUUCAGGAGGAGAGACCAGCUGCCUUGAACGUGACUCCUUCAUACUCUCUAUAAAGCAGACUUUGCAAAAAAUGUGCAGGGAACAAACAGGCCCUCACUCAGACUUUGGCAGCCUGGAAAGCCCUGCUGUGGGUGAUGAGCAUGGUAUGGUGGAGGAAGGAUGGAUGGUCAUUGUAAAUGCCCAGCUACAGCUGCCAUAACUUCCUUUGGUUCAGUUUCCCUUGAACCUCCCAGAGGAGGUCAUAACUGGGGGGGGGGGGAGGACACAGGCAUCUUUGCCCCCAAAUUCCUCCACCUUCACCCAUGUGGUUAAAAAAGCUAUGUCCCUCUCUAGGGUGUGUGGAGGAGGUGGGUGGCUGUAAGCAGAGAAAAAUAAAAACCGAAAUUAACUGGGAAAACCCAAUCCCUUUGUGAGGCGCUCAUGAAGCAGGGCUAGUCUAGAAGCUAGAAGUUCAGCUCAAAUUGCCCCUGCCUCCUACAGGUGGUGGGGUAAACCCAAAGGAUUCCAGAGGCUCCCCCCCCUUGCUCUUCUACAGGGCAGUACUGUGGACCCAGCUACAGAAUACAUUGGGAGGGAGUAGCCCCAGCAUGGGGCUAAUUAGGGGGUUUGAUGUGGGGAAUCGAGACACUUUGAUACUGUUGGGCUCUCCUAACAUGUGGGUUUCUGCUUUCCAGUAUAGAGCCACAGAUUUCGUUGUGGACAAGUCUGGGACAUUUAAGAUGGUCUUCACUCCCAAGGAUGGCAGCGGAGUCAAGGAGUGGGAGGUGUACAACUUCCCUGGUGGAGGCGUCGGCAUGGGCAUGUACAAUACAGAUGAGGUGAGGGCAAUGCCAGCUGGACCCCUCCAUUAGUUGCUUCCUGGGUCACCUCCAUGGGGCGAGGCUGGCUGCUGCAUCCUGGGGACCUGCUGCUCCCCUUUGAAUAGCAGGGUGGCAGCUCCUGCAGGCUGCUGCUUCUGGGUCAUGUCCCACUGAGGGCCCUGUCUUCCUUUUGCAGUCCAUCUCGGGCUUUGCCCACAGCUGCUUCCAGUAUGCCAUCCAAAAGAAGUGGCCCCUUUACAUGAGCACAAAGAACACCAUCCUCAAGGCCUACGAUGGGCGUUUCAAGGACACCUUCCAGGAAAUCUUUGAAAAGUGAGCCCUUCUGACCCCACCUCUUGGCCUAAGCCAGGAAGCUGUGGGUGGGAGUUGCUUUCUCCCACCUUCCCCAAAACCCAGCGUUGCCUCCUGAGAUCCUAAGUGCCAGAGCACCUCCCUGUUGGGAUGGGUUGGAGGUGCUGUGUGAGGAGGAUUAGAGGGUUGAUGCUGCAUGAGUAAGUAACCUCUUGUUCUCCACUGCCAGGCACUACAAGACUGAUUUUGACAAGCUCAAGAUCUGGUACGAGCACCGUCUCAUUGACGACAUGGUGGCCCAGGUGAUAAAAUCUGCAGGUGGCUUUGUUUGGGCGUGCAAGAACUACGAUGGAGAUGUCCAGUCUGACAUCUUGGCCCAAGGUGCGGCACUGGGCAGGGGAGAGGGCAGCUGUAAAAGGCUGCAAGUGGUGUGUGUGCUUGCAACUUGUAGGGAUCAGAAAGCAGGGGGAAAGAGUUUUCUCUAUUAUUGCAAUAGCACUGCAGAACAUGGCUUCCUGUGUGACCAGGGCACUUCAGGGGGCUAGACCCUCCCAUGUAGGGAGCUGCCGCUGGUUCAUCUUAACUGGCAGCACCUCACCAGGAGCCUUUCCCAGCCCUCUCUGGAGAUGGAACCUGGGGUCUUGUAUGCCCAAAGCACUCCCUCUGCUACUGAGCUAUUGCCUUUCUCCAAGACUGCAUAGCACUCAAAAGGGCAGGUUUCUGCUCUCAAGGGGGGAAGCAAUGUUGCUGAGGUCUUCAUGAGAUUAAUGGUUCUCAGAAGGGAGACUGCACAAGGCAAGGCCAGAACAUUUUACAUCCCGCUUCCUGCCCUUCUGACUAGCAUCUCAGAAGAUGGGCUUUUCUCUCCCUGUGGCUGUUCUCCAGCUCUGCUGCAGUUGUCUGUUCUGCAGAGUGGGUUGGCAGAUCAGAUGCUCCGCUGAUGGUGAAGCUGGAGAAUUCAAAUGUUUCUUCCUUCCUUGCGAGUCAGCUGAGCACUUGGCUUUAAUCUGUUGAUAUAGAGUGCCAGGUACCUCAUGCUCCAGAGGGGAGCACCUCAUAGGCGCAGGAACAAAGUGGCCCAGGGACCUCCCCUUCCCCACAGAGGAAGGUGUGGAAAGCUGCUGUUGCAGAGACAGCCAACAGGAGUUUGGCUUUUUUUUCUAGGGUUUGGCUCACUCGGCCUCAUGACUUCCGUCCUCGUCUGCCCGGAUGGGAAGACCAUCGAAGCGGAGGCAGCUCAUGGCACUGUUACACGCCACUACCGGGAGCACCAGAAGGUGGGUCAACUGGGUGGCUGUGGAGGGGGCUCACCUGGCCCCUUCUUUAGGCACAUUGUCUCACUCUUUUCUGUACCAGGUGAAGACCCUUUCAGCUUCCCAGGCUUCACAUACCGUAUUUUUCGCCCUAUAGGACGCACUUUUUCCCCUCCAAAAAUGAGGGGGAAAUGUGUGUGCGUCCUAUGGGGCGAAUGCAGGCUUUCGCUGAAGCCUGGAGAGCGAGAGGGGUUGGUGCGCACCGACCCCUCUCGCUCUCCAGGCUUCGUGCACCUCUCCGCAAGCAGCGGGAGCCCAGUGCUGGGCUCCCGCUGCUUGCAGAGAGUUGUCUGCAUGCUGAAGCCUGCGCGCGCUGAACUCAGCUUGUCCAGGCUUCGCGGACCUCUCCGCAAGCAGCGGGAGCGCUCCCGUUGCUUGCGGUGGGCUCCCGCUGCUUGCGGGGAGUUGCCUGCAUGCUGAAGCCUGCCCGCGCUGAGCUCAGCGCGUCCAGGCUUCGCGGACCUCUCAGCAAGCAGCGGGAGCCAGCGCUGGGCUCCCACGGCUUGCAGAGAGCUGCCUGUUUGGGGGCUGGGGUCGGGGGAAGCUCAGGCUUCCCCCGCCCCAGCCCCGCGCCUGGGGGGGAAAUAAUUUUUCCCCCUUUAUUUCCCCCCCAAAAAACUAGGUGCGCCUUAGGGGACGGUGCGUCCUAUAGGGCGAAAAAUAUGGUAGCUUCACCUUUUUAAUCCACUGAGUCUUAGAUUUGCCAUGUACGUUUAGUGAAGAUGUGCUAGUUUGCUUGUUGCUGCUGAAAAUAUGCUGCUUAUUAUAGUUUUGCCAAUUUAUUUUAAUGUUUCAUUGCUGUAUGCUGCCCAGUGAACACUGUGAUUGGAGGAUAUAAAUACUGCCAAUAAAAUUAAACAUUAGGAAGAACUUCCUGACAGUAAGAGCUGUUCGACAGUGGAAUUUGCUGCCAAGGAGUGUGGUGGAGUCUCCUUCUUUGGAGGUCUUUAAGCAGAGGCUUGACAACCAUAUGUCAGGAGUGCUCUGAUGGUGUUUCCUGCUUGGCAGGGGGUUGGACUCGAUGGCCCUUGUGGUCUCUUCCAACUCUAUGAUUCUAUGAAAAUAAAUGAAUGAAAUAGACCAGUGGGAGCGCCCUCUUCUGGCCAACUUGCUGCAUCUGCGUUCUCACCAGACUAGGGAUAGGGAAACUGUAGUCCUCUAAUGUUGCUUUAAGUGUCUUUAAGUAUUGUCCAUGCUAACUGAGACUGAUGGGGUCCAACAGCCCCUGGAGGGACACAGGUCUCUCCCUCUCUCAAGCUAAAUGCUUGCUGGUCUGCUACCUCUGUAGCACUGGCUAGCAAUUAACUGUGCCUACCUGUUUUCCUCCCCUGCAGGGCAAUCCCACCAGUACCAACCCUAUCGCAAGCAUAUUUGCCUGGACAGGAGGUCUGAAGCACAGAGGCAAAUUGGACAGCAACCCUGACCUCAUCAAGUAAGGGCCACUGCCCAGCAGCAUGAAAAACAACAUUGCCGUGGGAGAGCAAGUUGGCGGGGAGGGAAUAGGGCUGCAAUUAUGUCAAGCUCACGACAGAGAUUUUUGAAGUACAGGCAUAAGAAUGACCCAGAUACUGUAAUGGGAGAGUACCCUGGGCCCCCCAGGGGAAAAGGGGGACCCUGAAGAAGGAAAGGCAGGGCUCCUGGAAGGUGUUGUGAAAGACCUGCUUGAAGGUGAGCGUCAAGCGUGUUGUUGGCACACUCCAUAUUGCAUAUCGCUGCAUCUGCUAGUUGCUUCAACAAGUGAUGCACAAAUCAAAUAACGGCAGUAGCACAGCAAGACUGAGAAAACAAACAAGCUUUGCUCCCUGCAAAACAAGAGUGAGGCUGGGCCUGGCCUGUAAGUCAGAGGCUGCAGGGAGAUGUUGGGCCUUGCUGUUUUCCCUCCUGUGCUAGAGGCUGUUCUUUUUUCCAUGGCCAGGUUUGGUGACACUCUGGAGAAGGUCUGCAUUGAGACGGUGGAGAGUGGUGCCAUGACAAAGGAUCUGGCUGGCUGCAUUCAUGGAUUAAACAAGUGAGUAUUCCUGGGCUGCUGCAGGGCUAGCCUGUGGCUCCUACCUUCUCUCUCACGAGUUGAGGUCUGUGCUUGGACUUCUCAUGCUCCCCCUCCCCCUUGUGCAUUUUCAGUGUGAAGCUCAACGAGCAUUAUUUGAACACCACCGACUUCCUGGAAGCUAUCAAGAACAACCUGAACAAAGCUCUGGGCAAAUAGGAGGAGCUGGAGGGGGGCGCUGGAACGUGCUGGUAGUGGGUGGAGGAGGGCACAGCAUAGCAUGGAGGCACACGAUGAAGGAAGGGGGAUUGCCUCAUUUUUAACAGAACAAAUUAUGGCUGUUUCUACUGUCAACCAGAGACAUUUUUGUAACCUGGUUGUUUUUUAAAAACCUUUUUAGCCGCCCUACUUGGGCUCCAAUAACAUGUCCCACCUGCUGCUACUGCUGGCUUGGGGGAAGGUCUCAGUGCUGGACCCCCCACCCCCUGCCAGGCGGUCAUAAUGGUUUGUGCUGUAAUUUAUGUACUGUGGUUUGGGCCUCAUGGUGCCAAAUAGAGCUAUUAAAUUAUAGCUUUUACACAUGG